AUGAUUCUUAAAGAAAAUGUCUCAGAAUAUCAACCAAAAUUGAUAAUCAUGCUCACUUUGUGCUGGAUCCUAGCAUUGUUUGUCAGUGGGGCAGAAGUUACAGAGAUUAACUUGCCAGGAUGUCCCCAUGUUGAACCUCAAAUAUGGUAUCGUGCUAUUAGCGAUGAGGAGUUUGUUUUAGAAUGUGCUUUACCGGAUAGAGACACUACCCACGUUUAUAAGAACUCACUUCUGAAAGAACAUAAGGUGAAAUGGUUCUGGCGUCAGAAAGAUAAAGAGCCACCGAAGGCUAUCAAGGAAAGCUCUAAUCCUGCUCUCCAAGGGGGUGCACUGUGGUUUAAGCCAGUAAAGGACAGUGCUUCUGGAGUGUACACCUGUGUGAUAGGGGAAAAAUUCCCAUGUCUCAAAAUUGUUUUGGAGGUUCAAACAAAGAAGGUGGCAAAAUGUUCAAGUUAUGACACAAAUAUGCUAUAUCUUCUUGCUGGCAGUGGGAAUUCAAUAACUUGUCCUGGGACAAAAUGCUACAGCCAUAUAAGAAAGCAAGAUGUAAAAUGGUACAAGGAUGGUCAUCAGAUAAAACAUAGGAAAAGCAGACAAAGCCUAAAGCUUAAGCAGGAUGAAAUCUACUUGAAUCCAACCUACGAAAAAGAUGCUGGAAUAUAUGUGUGUGAUUACACUCUGUAUGACAACACUACCAAGUGGACAGUGAGAACAGCAGUAACAGUAGAAGUCAUUGCAAAAACCACUAUCCAUCCACCAAACUUCUUGUAUCCCAGUGGUGUGGUGAUUCUCGAGGCAGAGCUUGGGAAGCCACUUGAAUUGGAAUGCCGUGUACAAUUUGGGUUUGAAAAAGUUUCUCUGAUGAAGGUAACAUGGAAAAGAAACAACAAAGAAAAUAUAAAUGAGAAAUUGAAUCAGGAAACAAGUGUUUAUCCAAAAGGUUUAAAGGGGCACACACUUCUUCAUGUUGCGAAACUGAAAGAAGUGACCGAAAGGGACCUCAGAAGCAACUUCACAUGCUUUGCUGAGAAUUCGGUGGGCAAUGCCACAGCUGUGAUCCAGCUGAAAAGAAAGCAGAGAGUGUUUCUCUUAUACGUACUGUGCAGUGCCAUUUCUACUCUGUUUGCGUUCCUUUUGUGCACUGCCUUUAUUUACCAGCACUGGAUUGAAAUAGUGCUCUUGUACCGAAGUUAUCUGGUCCACAGCGAAACUACAGGAGAUGGCAAAGAAUUUGAUGCGUUUGUGUCCUAUGCAAAACUAGAAUCUUCUGAAAGUGACUCGACUUUAAUUAGUGAGGAAAAAUUUGCCCUGGAGCUUCUUCCAGAUAUGCUGGAAAAUAAAUAUGGAUACAAAUUAUGCAUUCUUGAAAGAGAUAUUCUUCCAGGAGGAGCAUACACAGAUGAAGUUGUUACAGCUAUUAAACAAAGCAGACGAGCAAUAAUUAUUUUGAGCCCAGCCUACGUCAGCGGACCAAGCAUCUUUGAACUGCAGGCAGCGGUGAACUGUGCGUUAGAAGACAAAAAGAUCAAAGUGGUAUUAAUAAAGUUCCAGGCUUUCCAAGAGCCAGAGACUUUGCCUCCAGUAGUGAAGAAAGCUCUUCGGAUUUUACCAGUCAUUACCUGGAAGUCUUCUAUUUCUGCUGCUCCAGACAAGAAGUUCUGGAAAUAUAUGCAUUACCACAUGCCAGUAAAAACUAGUAAGAUGUUGGGAAAUUGCAGCUUAAAGGGUUUUUUCCAAAGGUUAUUCAGCCUGGUAUAUUGA